AUGGAGCCUAUCAUAGCUGACAACAACAAUGAAAACAGGGGCCAAGGCGACCAGUUGGAUUUUAUACCAAAGAAAUUCCGUAGCUCGAAUCAGGAUGAAUCAGGCUCCGCAUCGAGCAAAGCACAUAAGCCCAGAUCACGGAUUCCCAGAUCAAGGAAAUAUAUAUCCACAAUUGAGCUGGAGCGUCAGAACGCCACUGCUCCACCUCCUAGUGGGGAAUCCAUAUCCGACACAGUCGCUGCUCCACCUCCGAAUGGGGAAUCUGCAUCCGAAGGCAUGGCAAAGUGUCAAAAGAAAAAACAUCACCGCAAGUCCAUAAAAGAAAGACAAUGCUCCAUAUGCCCAGUUACUCUAUAUUUCCUGGGCUUUGAAUUGAUGAAGGUCAGUGAGUCGGACGUUGAAGGAAACCUCUUCUAUUUAAUGCUACAUCUUGUGGAUCGCUUUGUGGAUCGUAUAUCCAGCUCCGUUUUGGUGUCCAUGGGUAUAUUCCUUAUGAUCUAUGUGAUUUUCGCCUAUGACUUUGCAGAACCCAUCGCCAGAAUUCAAGAGGCAGUGGGCGAUCUCUUCAACGAUCGUUCCCGAUCCUAAUGGUAUUUUUUU